AUGGACAUGUUUUCUAUCCAGAUAGCCCUGUACUUUCUUUCUUUAGCCUUUAGUCAUCGAUUCUUGGCACGAGCUGAUGAUGUGGUUGGUUGUGGUGGUUUUGUGCAGUCUGAAGUUGAAAUCAACUACUCCCUCGUGCAGGUAAAAUAUCGCAUAAAAACGAACCUCUCAAAAACGAAGUCCUUGGGUAUAAGGGACGAUUUUUUUUUACCCCAGUAAGAGUAAAUUUACGAAACUAUUUGAAAAAGAACCUCGAUAUAACGAAACCGAAGCAACCACAGAAUACAGGGCCAUAUUUUAAGGAGUAAAAUUUUAAACAGAAGUGGCUCGGGGGCUUGCCAGUCUUGCAUGACAAGCGUUUGAAGAACGAGAAAGUUAUAAGACUUAUAAGCUUAACUAUAAGACAGACAUAAAAAAAGACGUAAAAAUGCAAAAUUUAAAGAACAAGUAAAGGUAUGUAUUUUUGUGGCUCGGUGGCUCGAAGGCUUGUUAGUCGAGUUUAGCAUCUUAAAGAACCAGAAAGGUAUAUAUUUUAGUGGCUUGGCCGCUUGGUGGCUCUUCAGUCGGGUUAUAUAGUUUAGUGGCUAGACAGCUUAGUGGCUUGUCAGUCAGGACUACCGAGCCGAGCUGCCAAGCUACCCCAACGGAUAUAUAGCAAACAAAUGUUGCCAAUGCCAAUUUUGUCUUUAUUAAAUUUAAACUAAUUUGUCUUGUCUUAUUGUAUGUGAUGGAUUCCGAUUGCUUUUCAUCACUUGAUCUUAAUUUGGCAUUUUAUUAAACACCGUGUAAGAAAACAUCUAUGGUCCAUUUGAUAUAUAAUUUUUCCACCGUUUACAACAUUAGCAUUCAAAGACCCCCCUUUGAAGAUUUACAAUGUAGGAAAUUCUGGGAUUGGGGGACUUCAGAGAUUUUUAUAUAGGGGGCAGCCAAGUUGGUACCUUUGUUCUCUUUAAGACAUCUCCUUUUUUCUGAAGGGGGACACUUUGAUUUUUGAUAAUUUCUGGGAGAGGGGUGCAGAUUUUAAAUAGAGGGGCCCAAUUACAUUUGAAGCAUAAAUCUUGUUAAUAAUACAUGUAGAAAGGCCAGAGUUAUAUACACUGUACAGUGAAACCUCGUUAUAGUGAAUAUAUACGAGUUGUAGUUAAUUUUUCCCCUCAGGUAAUUUUUGUUCUUCUUUUGUUUUUGGGCAUGGUAAUGUAUAUAUAUAUGUUAAUGUAGUUGAAACAAAAGAAAAAGAAAAAUUACCUGAAAAAAAAAUAACUACAACAUAUAUUUCCAGUCCUUUGGCUCUUCGUUACAUUGAAGUUCACUGUAAACAUUUUGGUCACUGUGAUAAAGUAUGACAAGAAUUCAGGCUUGAACUGGAUAUGGCACUACUAUCUGUGACUGGCACAGCUGUUUAACUUACUAAGCUAUCCAGCUCAACUGGUAGCUGGUUUGAUCCUGCAGAUUUGUAAUAAUAUACCUGUGAAGGAUGACUGUACUGAAAAGAAAAUGACUUAAAAAGUGCAUUGUGAACUUUAUGCACUACAGCAGGCCUUGAAUAAAGUCUUAUCCCAGAAAAAAAGUUUCUUGUCAGGCAAGUAACUUUUAGAGCUCACUUGCCUAGUGGACUAGGGUUAAACAAGUCAUCUUCUAACUAAAUCAUUAUUAUAAACGUAAGACUAGUAAUAACCAAAGGUUAUUGUUCCAAUGCUGUGCUUUCCGUAAGUUUCAGGUGACCAAAGAUCAAAACAUGCGUGAUCAGAGUAGGAGGGGUAGAAGUGAAGAAAUUGCCUUUUGUGCAUUCCAUUCAUACUUAGUGGAAGUCCAAACAAAUGCUGGCUACAUACAUGUACAUGCGGCACAUGCGUAAUAACAACCAUCGGAUUAGAAUUUUGGGCUCCUCUUGUUGCCUACAAUGAGAAAAAAGUGGCCACAGAUAAGGAAAAUGUGAGAGUUGCUUGCCCAAAGGACAAGCUGUCAUUCAAAAUGUUUUUUUAGGAGGCCUGUUCAGAUUUUUUUGCACUGCAGAAUAAAGAUUUAAAGAAAGACCAUCAGGCACAUUAGUGGUCUGUUUAGUACAUGUAUUAAAUCUUUUAAAAUAUUCUGUCUUUAUUUUUUCAAGCAAUUUUGAGGGGAGAGGGGGGGGCUUAACAGAGAGGGGGGCUUAUUGGCGAAACAAGUUCAGGGAAUAUCCUUUGUCCAACUCUACUAUUGCGAGUUCGAAUCUGUUGCUUGUGGUCAUCACGUUAACUUUAUAAAAAAGUCUGGAAGCCAGUAGUCCAUGAAAAACUCACGUGCAAGCGUGAUACAAUAGAAGAAGCGAAGCCGUUUGAUGAAUUUUCAGUUGGCAUUAACUGUCUGUUUGCCAGCAGCUCUCAAGAUCAAGAGCUAGUUGGACAUUUGCCUAUAAAAUUAUCACUCCUGCUGUGUAUUAAAAUUUUUAUCUUGUGAAGGUUGCAGCUUAGAAUUUUCACCAACGAGAGCAAGGUUUCUCAAGGACGGACUUCUGGUUCUCGGGUGUUAUACUGCUUUUUCUAACAAUAAGAAAAUGGUAACAAUUCUCCACAGAGAACUAGAUCAUAAAUUUUAAAAAGUUAAGCACAUGAAGCUGGAGGUCAUGCAGCCAAAGACCGAAAACAAUAUGAACUUUCAACCUGAAUAAACCAUAACUGAUCAGUUUACAUUAAUUGUUUGGAGAAUAAGGAUGGAGGGGAGGGGGGGUUAACAGAGUGAGGGGCUUCCAAACUUUCCUCCUCUGAAAAGGAGGGUGGGCUUAUUUGAGACAGGGGCUAAAUAGAGGAUUUACGAUACAUGAAAAUGGUAAUUGGCAAUAAUACAAGUUAUUAAUUCUACAUAGGCUAAAAAAAAAACUGAGUCUUUCUGAAGCUGUAAGUUAUCUUUUUCAAACUAUAUUUAAUAUUGGACAGCAUCAUUCACCUUAAAAUUAAUUUUGUUGUAUAAACAGAUGAAGCUGCUUACCAAGCAAGGUAUAAUCAAGUCUCAGACCGAAUGUGCCCCAAAUAAUGGAUACUUCCUUAUUCCACUUUAUGAUAAGGUACUGAUGUGUGAUGUAUGUCAAAAUUUUGUUACUUUAGUUUGUUUACUGGGUAUACAGUUAAUGGUCUCUUAUAACAUAAGCCAAUACAAAACUACGUAGUAUGAAUUUGGGGAGCAAGGGUGGCGCAGUGGUGAGAGCACUCGCCUCCCACCAAUGUGGCCCAGGUUCAAAUCCCGGCGUCGACACCAUAUGUGGGUUGAGUUUGUUGUUGGUUCUCUCCUUUGCUCCGAGAGGUUUUUCUUCGGGUACUCCGGUUUUCCCCUCUCCUCAAAAACCAACAUUUCCAAAUUCCAAUUCGACCAGUAAUCAGGUAGACGAAGAACCACUAUGUGGAUGUACUACCUGCAAAUUGUUAUUUAUUUAUUUGUUUUUUAUUUAUUUAAAGUUCUAAUUUACAUUGUUUUAUUAUCAUUGUUUUAGGGGACAUUUGUUCUAAAGAUUGAACCCCCAGUUGGAUGGAGUUUUGGUAGGAAAAGAUAAAUAAAGAUUUCAUGAUUGUAUAAUUCUGAUAUGAUACUUUAGAACAAAGUGGUUUUGAAACUGUUUUUUUAGCAAUUGAGGUUGCUGAGUAUCUCUCUACCCCUCCCCUAAGUCUCAAUUUUUCCAUAAGUGAGAAGUAAGUGUUCAUGUUGACUUAGAGGAGGGGUAGGUGGUCAGUUAUCCAGAAACCUCAUUUGAUGCUUUUUUUGUUAAUGAUUUGAUUUUUUUUCUGUGCAGAUCCAAGCAGUGUUGAGUUGAACAUUGAUGGUAGCACAGACAAGUGCAGCAAAGGAGAAGACAUCAACUUUAUUUUUACUGGGUUCACGCUGUCUGGAAAGGUAAGUUUUGUCCCUUUCAAAAAAGGUAGCUCUUUUUUUCCCAUCAUUAUGUAAUAAACUAAAACUAUUACUUGCAACCAUGAAUUAUAUUCUUAAGUUGAUUUUCUCAAUUUUUUUUUGAACCAGGUAAUCAGUAAAGGAAGAGAAAUUGGCCCAGCAGGAGUAGAAAUUUCUCUUCAUGUAACUUCAGGUUUGAUAAAAGAAAUUUUGUAAUUGAAUUUGAUUAAUGUAGAUUUCAUACAAUAGCCUCAUUUUGGUCUACAGGUCUACACUUUAACAGUGUACAUUGUAGCAUGUGGCAGUUUUCACCUUACAAACCUAAAAGUUAAAGGCCAGCUUGAACUUUCUUGUCCUUUUUAGGUGACAAGGAAAGAAAAACUGUUACAACUGAUGGAGGAUUGUAAGUAAAGAAAUAAUAAACAGUAGUAAAACUGUUUUUGAGGCAAGUGAUUAUUCAAACCCGAGGUACAGACAAUGUUUUCAUCAGAUACGUAUCUAGGCACACAAAAAGCAGCCUGCAGGCAGAACCUGAUCCUUUUGACUACACCUUGACUGAGGAUGAGAAACGGAGGCUCUGCCUGAAUUGCAUCAAGCUUUUGAAGUGGUCAGACUUAUGGACUAGUUGAUCUUGUUUUUUCUUGUCAAACUGGGUUUUUGAGUGAAAGCAUACAUAACAAAAUUCAAUGAUCAUAACUGAGCUUUCUGCACCAAGCAUAUGGCUAUUAGGCUUGGGAGUAGCAUGGCUAAGCAGUUAGGUGCAUUUAGCAUGUUGGACUUGCCAAUUGGAGGCUCCAAGUCCCACCUUAACUGCUGGCUGGAUUUUUGUCUCUCUGAGCCUGAGUUUAAAGUCUUGGUCUUACUUAUACUGGUACAUUUGUAAAUAGCUUACUAGUUGCCCCCUGCCAGAUACAGUAUAGGAUAGAUGUUAUAUAUUUACAUUAUAAUUUAAAAUGAAGAAUAAUUAAUUUAUGUGUUUAUGAAUAAUAUUAAUCAUUCUAUGUAAUUUCAAUCAGUGAAUUUCCUGGCCCUACUAGGCUUUUCAUACUGCCAGGGCAAAUGAAGUUUCAUUGUAAUAAUAACAUAUUGAAGAGUCCAAGCACUAAUUACACCUGUCCAAUGAUUCGCAAUAAACUCUUAGUUCUGCUGUUGUUUUUCUUGACAGUUUCAGUUUUGCCCGUGUCAUGCCUGGAAAAUACCAAGUGAAAGCCUCUCAUGCCUCUUGGAGUUUUGAAAAUGUGAGUUUAUUUUUAUAUAUUGGCAAAGGAGUAAAAUCAUGGUAUCAAUAUUUAAACAAGAUAUUAUUACAUGUAUAUUAACAUUGUAGGAUGAUCUAAACCUCUGUGAUCACUUGGAUCAUACAUGUAGCACAUCUAAAGAACCAGUGAAUCCACCCUAGGAAAGGAUUCAUCGGUUCAUUUGAUGUACCAUUAUCUGGGUGAUCUUGGUUCACUGCUACCAAUAUAAUAUUAUUAUCAAUAAUGGUAACCCAUUAAGAAUAAUGGUGUGAUUAUUAUCCUUGUAUUACAUGUACCAUGUUCAGCUCACAAUUGCUUGUAUUUUCAUAGGCUGAAACAGAAGUUGUAGUGAAGUCUGGCAAUGUCAAUGUUGUUGACAAGAUGAUAGUCUCAGGGUAUGAUGUCAAGGUUGGUCAGAACUCAAUCUGUUGAUCCGUCACUUUCAUUUAUUGUACUCCCUUUUCGCAAUCUGCCUACCCCACUCAUCUGUUUCCACUUAGAUCACACAGUAUAAUAUAAUUAUUAUUAUUCUACACAGAUUGCUUUUUCUGCAUACUGAAUUGUGUAUUAUCUGCAAAGUUUUUCGAGACAAAUUGACAAAGAAAUGUGCCUACUGUAUAAUUAAUUUUUUGGGCAUCACCAAAAUUGUAUUUUUACAUUUAACUCAGGGCCAUGUUUUAAGUGAUGGUGAACCUAUCCAAGAUGUGGGCUUCCUGUUGUUUUCCAAAACCGUCACUCAGAAGGUAUGUUAACGUCAGUGAAAGCAAAGGACUGCCACAUGUACAUGUUAAAUAAUAUAGAUCUGCAUCUUAUGAAUGAGGAAGGUUUUGUCUGUCUCAUUCUUACCUUUGGUGGGGAAGCACUUCUCAGCUUUGGCAGACAACACCCUCCUUGAUCUGCAUUAUUUCUUCAUAGCACACUCAGCCUUGUCCAAUAAUGUAUUUAAUUAAAGACAGGGGACAAAUAGAUUAUUUUAGUAAUAAAAAAAGAAGAAUUUAUUUAGUAGUUAAAGGCUGGGGUGUAUUCCUAUCAGAAAUAUUGUGCUAUUGAUUGUUAAUAAGUACAACCUGUACUAAAUACACACUACUUGAAAGUUUAAUAAAUUCGUGGUUGUAUAACAUUACUUAUGAACAUUGUUAACUGCUGUAGUGUCCAUUUAAGCACAUAUGUGUAUUUUGUGUGUUUGUAUUAAUUUGCUGUGGUUCAAUUUUAUCCUUGGUUCAAAUUUCAGUCUCAUCAUAAUUUAUUUCCUUACCUAAACACAAAGGAAAAUAACAUUGAAACCAAGAAUUUUUUGAGCCACAACAUAAUAGUACUUUAGACUCCUUGUUUCACUUCUUGUCAACUUGAAGAACUUGCCAGGUUGUGAAGAAAUUCCCAGUGAUGUAAUAGAAAACAUCAAGAAGAAAACAGACAUUGAUACACCCUUGUGUCGCGUCAAGUCAGGAGUGGAUGGAUUGUUUGUAUUUCCAAGCGUACCAAGUGGCGAGUACACAUUGGUGAGUAUUUGACCUUUCUUUCAGGAAAUUAACAUGUCACACCCACAAAGAAACAAAAGCGGUUGAGACAGAAAUGAACAAAAUGCGAAAUGAACCUUGAUCAGGGCUACAACCUUAUCCCAAUUUAUGGAACAAUUUUCCAGCCUCAUUAUUUUCUCUGUAAUGUAACCCAACUGCCGAAUCUUCACUCUGUCAAACAGAGACAAAGUUAAACGUAUAAUCUGAAAUGGAAACUUCAUUUGAGGUGCCUUCCCUAACAUGUGAAGGACAUCAAGCUAAAACUCUGGCCACUCUGAGGCUUCUUUACAGUUUCCCUGUUACUGGCCGAUCUCCACCCUUAAUACUCCUCUUUCUUAGGUGUCAAGAAUGUCAGAAUGUACCCAAAUGGAAAUAAAGGUCGCAUGAAUCAACGUUCCACUUAUAAAUUUAUGGUGCGGAAAUUAAUUUUCGAGAAAUUAACGCAACUUACAUUUAGAUGAAUUUUUGAAAUUCAUGUUAAUUUCAUGUAGCGGUAAUUUCCUAUUAUAUUUUAAGUACUUUAUUUCCCUUUUGUUUGUUCCAGGUUCCAUAUUAUCAAGGGGAGCUUAUUACAUUUGAUGUGGUUCCUUCCAAACUGACAUUUUCGGUCAAUUACAAAAGUGUUGUACUCAAGGCAAGUAAGAGAUAAUAUAAUUCACCAUGAAUCAUUACUGCAGAGUGAGCUGAUCGGCAGUGUGUAUCUCUGCUGUUAAAAAGCGUAUUUUGUACUUGUGCAAUCAUGUAAUGUUAGAGCCAAAUUUUCCAGAACUAUAGUUUAGUUCAGCAAGUAUAAUGUGUCUUAUGUAUAAGAAUUUUAAGAAAUAGUUAAGUAAAUAUAAUUAAUCUUUACCAUCCUGCUCAUCAACACUUACACUGUAUCAACUCAUGGUCAGGGUUUGAGAUGGGCGUGGUGUCUUACAUGUAUGUGUCAUACUUCCUGAUCAGCCACCUGACUAGUGAGCUCUUUGCGGGUCAUCCAGAAUUUUAAGUAAAGGAAAGUUCAAUACAAAAAAAAAAUAGUAAUCAACAAAAGUGCCGUCUGGUGAUAUUAGUUUAGUCUCCAAACGUUUCCGGCCUGGCCCUUCAUAAGUGGAGUUUAGAGUAAUUUUAUCUGCCAUGUGUUGGGUUCACCUAUAAUAAUAAUAUACUAUUAUCUAAGUUGCUGACAGGCAGUUCACGGUGCUGUUGAUAAUGCCUCCUGUCUACCUGCUGCAUACUUCUAAGAUGUUCCUUCACCUUACAUGCACAUGUAAUUUUCUGGUGAUAGUGUAGGUAAAGAAGGGUGUUUGGCUUAUACAGCAUAGCCAUUUCUUUUUACGUGUGUAAGUUUGUUGUCACAGGACAAUUAAUUUGUUUUUCAUAGACUCCUUUUCAAGUCCAUGGAUUUUCAGUCACUGGCCAUAUUCUUACACCUGAGGUAAAAUAAUAUGUAGUUAAAGUUACAGUAGUGGACAAAGUUGUCCUUGACAAUUAAAACUGAUGACGUCACAAGCGGUAUCCGCACGGGCGGUUACGGGCGCGCGGCUUAGGGGCGAAUGGGUUAAUUUAUAUUUGCUGUUGUUUUUAGGUACGUAUGGCAGUGUCUAAUAAUUAAAUGAUAAAUAAAUAAAUAAAUAAAUAACGAUUUGGAGGUAGCACAUCUACAAAGUGGUUCUUCGUCUACUGAUUUCUCGUCGAACUGGAAUUUGCAAAUGUUGGUUUUUGAGGAAAGGGGAAAACCGGAGUACCCAAAGAAAAACCUCUCGGAGCAAAGGAGACAACCAACAACAAACUCAACCCACAUAUGGCCUCGACGCCGGGAUUUGAACCCGGGCUACAUUGUUGGGAGGCGGGCGCUCUCACCACUGCGCCAUCCCUAGCUCCCCAAUGAAGCAAUGGCAAAUAGACUUUGAGCCAAGGAUAAAAUUGAGCCAAAUCAUCUAUAUGUUACAUUUUAGGGCCAAGGUAUUGGAGAUGUCAGCAUUUCUGCUGGGGAGGGAUUGACUGCGACAACAACUGCAGAAGGUAUUUAUGUACUAAACAACGUCACAGCUGGAGGAUACACAAUUCAGGUAAGAAUAUUCUCAAAAAAGGGUUUCCAUGGCGUGAAGAGGCUAAUUAAAAUCUCUGUAAAGUGUUAAGUUCUAAAUCGAAAUCUGGGUUACUUACCAUUUACAGUGUACAUAGGAUAACCGAAAAUCCUUGGUGGAAAAUCAAAUGGCUCGCACCCUUCCGUUUGGAAAGUUUCAGAAAACAUGGGCUUCGUUUUGAUACAAUGCGGUUUUUUACUCUUUAGUCCGUUUAGCAGAUUUGGGUAUAAUUUGUAGCGGGUCGUUUUCCUACCUCGUCAAAUUUUAUAGUUUUAUUUUCACCCGGAUGGUUUGUGUAAAUGGUAAGCAUGUACCCCUCCCAUACAGCCGCUGGUUUCUGAAAACACGCGACCUGCGUUGUCUAAAACUUGUUAGGAUUUUGGGUUUUUCUGCCACGUCAAUCAAAAAUACAACAAUCCAUCUCAAAGAUUUCGCAAAAGCCUCUCGUCAUGCCGGAGAAAUUCGACAAAGGUUAGGGUAGAAAUCAAAAUUGCUGCUUGCUUUCAAAACCUGAAAGCAUUUGAGAAGUAAGGAUUAGAUGAAAUGGUAAAGGUUGGCAUGGCAUGAGGAGGCUAAAGCUCUGUUAACCCUUUAAACCUUAAUAUCAAAAUUUGAAUUCUCAUUUCUUGCCCCUAUUCUUUUCCUACAGAAGUAGUGGGAAGACGUUGAUAAAAUUUCAAGAAAAUUCAUCUUGUGUGAUCAUGUCCGUAAUUCUUAUGACCACUCUGUUUUACAAAGCAUUGAUAUUACAAGGAGAAAUUUGAUGCUGAUCACUCAUAGGUUAUUAAGGGUUAAGUGCUGAGGUCUAAAUAGCAAUCUUAUUUCUACUGUGCCUUUGUUAUAAUCCCAAUACAGCUGUCGGUUUCGGAGAACAUGCGACCUGCCUUGUCUAAAACGUUUUAGGAUUUCGGGUUUUUCUUCCACGUCAAUCAAGAAUACAUUCCACCAUCUCGUCAAAGAUUUCGCAAAAGCCUUCGUCAUGCCGGAGAAAUUCAAUGAUGGUUAGGGUAGAAAUCAAAAUUGCUGCCAUGGUAAACAAGGUUUUGAUUGACGUCGCAGGAAUUUUCGCAGGAAAACCAAAAUUCUAAACGCUUUUUGACUUUGCAGGUCGCUUGUUAUCUAAAAAAGCUGUAAGCAAUAUUAUAUUUCUAUAUUUUUAUUUUGUUUUAGGCAAAUAAAGAGAACUACUUCUUCAAUCCAAUAAAAGUCCAAGUUACUCCUAAUACUCCCAGACUGCCAGUCAUCUCACCUUUUGCGUAAGUAGAAGACAUAUAAUUUUGACUGCAUCCGUUACUUAACUAUUUCUUGAGUUUAAACUCAAACUUUAAAAACAAAAAACUCGAUCUGCUUAUCUUAAUUUUCAAUGUUUUAGGUACCACUUAUGUGGAAAACUUAAGUUCGAUGUGUUUCCACCAGGAGUUACUCAGGUAAAGUGUUUUUUUAAGGGGAGGGAGGGAUUGUUUCUAUGUAGCUUACUUUUCUACAUGUUUAAAGUUAUCAUAUUGUUACAAUGUACUUCUUUUCCCGGAAUUUCUUUUUCGUGUUUUUCAGCAAUUUUCAAAUAAUGUCACCGACGAAUCUCAAAAAUUAAGCACACGACCUUUAAUACCCAUAAACACACGGUGCAACCAAGUGUUGUUUACUUCAAUUCCUAGAACACAAGCUGCGCGGGUUAUUUUCUGGUUGCAAAAAUUUCUACUGUAGAACUGUUCAGUCAGUCAACCAUUUCUAUGCAAUAUGAUUACUUUGAUACAUGAACUCUUUUGCUCCCUGAGUGAGUGUAAGGUUGCUUUUACUUCUUUAAGUCUGUGAACGAGAUCCUUCAAAUUCCGAAACCUCCUCGGCAGUAAUUUCACAUGGUACUUUUGUCUUUUAUUAACAUUUAUAAAAUGAAAUUAAAAAUUUUGAUCCAUUUAAAUUGAACAACUAGGAGUUUCUUCAGGGCUAGUGGUCUCUCUUCUUUACGUUAUUCAGUGGCGUGAGGAGUUUCCUUCGUGCUGCGUUGUUUCUGCCACAAGGUUUCUUUCUGCCAGUCCCUCCCCUCCCCUUCCUCUUGUUCUUUCUCCAGUAUGACGGGCGCCUUUCUUGUUUCCUUUUCUGGUCGGGCCCAUGGCCUGGUUGCGUCAGCCAUGGGGGCGUUACUCAAUCUAGAAGCUGGCUGCCAAUAUUGUAAGCCUCCGGAUACUUCAGGCAUCCAACCUCCAUUUAGCGAUGCAAUCGCUUGUUAAAUUUUGACUUCGCCUUUUGGAACUCCUUCAUAGUCUAGUUAGUAGUGGAUAUUACUCUGUCUUUGUGUGCGUAUUGACUUUGUGAAGUAAUAUAUUAAGCAUGAGACGCAGUGUUUCAUCACCAGAUGAAGCACUGAGAAAAGAGUUGAAAAUACGACGCAGAGCGCAGUAUUUUUGACGAACUUCGGGGUGUUUCAUCUGGUGUUGAAACGCUGUGUUGAAUGCUUGAUAUUACUUCUCAAACAAAAUUAAGGAUGUAAAAAUGAGCAGUUUUUCACUUGAUUUCCAAACACUCAUUACACUUUAAUUUCCUUUGUAUUUUGUUUAUGAAUUAUUAAUGAGUUUGAGAAGCUUGUUCGCAAAGUUGUUUUCUCUUCAUAAACUUAUUCGAAAGUCCAAUCUAACACACUGUUACGAUGUACCUUUCUGUAUUUUUUCGUCCUUCAUGCAAGCCUAUCUCUUUGCUAUCAGCAUACCAUAAUAACUUGUUUCUAUUGUUUCACAGUUAAAGGGUCGCAAGAUGAUUCUGCAGACAGAGGGAGCAUCAAUAGCAACACGAUCAAUGUCGACUUCAGUUGAUGCAAACGGUGCCUUUUGCUUUAAAGUUGCAGCGGGAGUUCAUUCCAUUCAGGUAGUCAAAUCUUCUUGUCACCAAUAUUUUUAUUUCCACUGCAUUAAUUUGAAGUUGUAAGUGAUAAAGCUCGUAAAAUUAGACGAAACAAUAAUAAAAAUAUAUUAAAUGUGCAAGUGUCUUCAGAUGCAAAAUGAUAAACUUUUUUAUAGAAGUUAAGGCUGCUCUUAUUUGCAGGAACUAAAUUUUGCGUUUUUUGCGACUGUUCAGCAAAUCGCAAACUUUAGUUGCUGCAAUAAUUUUUGCUCGCGAAAUUCGCCCUAUAUUGCAGCCAAAUCUUGUAGUUGCAGUUUCCAAAAAUUGCACAAUUUUAGCACCGCAAGCAAUAGUAUCCUCACGGUACUCUCUUUUGAAACCGCUGUCCACUUUUCCUACUCUUUGCUUUAUAAAGGCGAGUUGAAAGAGAUAAUCCAUUCAUAUUACAUCCAUGUACCUGCCCAACGAAGACAAGGCAUUCAAUUUGAAUAGUUUUUUGAGGAUUAGUCAGUCGUCUAUUGCAGUGUGUAAGCGCCGCGGUGCUUAUUAAAUCUUUCACAUCUCAAAUGCUGCGCUUAUUUGAGGGCGGCGUUAAUUUGAAGGUUGGACGCGGCAAACAAUUGUUUUAACUACGUUACUAUUAUUUUCCGUAUUAAAGGAGCGGAAUUGACGUCUUUUGAUUUUGAUCAUAUCAGGGCCGCGGUGCUUAUUAACUUUUUUUUUCCAAAUGCAGCGCUUAUUCGAUCUCGGCGCUUUUUCGGCGGCGGCGCUAUACGGUACAUGUAAAACUUGUGCUCCGUGGCACCAGAUCCAGAAAAGAAGCUAAAUGAGAAAAAAAAAAAGAGUUUCUGCUUUAACGCUAAUGCCAGAUGACUUAUAAGAGGUAAGGAAGCGAAUAACACAGAAACUAACGUUGGAGUUCGAAAUGGAAUUCGGGUCAAAAACCCUAACUGGUCAAAAUCAUGAUUAAUUAAGGGUUAGGAGACAAAGGAAAUUAAGAGUCAGAGCCAAUUGUGGUUAAAUUCAUGGACCUGAAUUUUAUUUCGAACUACAACCUUUUUAUUUGAGUACUUCGCUUCCACGUGUCGCAAUCGUCAGAAAUUACAUUUUGUGUGUAUGCAUGUGGUUGGAAUCUUUCAGCCUAUAAUAACAUUACAAGAAGUCAAUGCGGGUCUGGCGUUAACACCUAAAGAGCAAGUAGUAACAGUGACUUCCGGUCCCGUGCUUGGCAUAACCUUCUCACAGUUUAGGGCUACCGUUACAGGAAGUGUCAAGUGUAUUGGUAGGUUACACGUCAUAACUGUUGGUUCCUCUUAUACCCGCGGGGGGCCCUGCCCAUUUAUAGAUUUGCGCCGCUGUGAAGGGUAGGGUUUUCGAGCGGCUUAUCGUAGGAUAGGGAAAGGAAAUCAGAUUAUUUUGGUCGAGAAUAGGUAUCCUUUAUAGCAAGUUGGUCUAUGGUACAACACAACGUAAGAAGAGUUGCAUUCUCCUGUUCACAAUUAAUCUGGGAUAGGGUAGGGAUUCUUGGUGUCUGACGUAGAAUUGUGUAAGAAAAUUAAACUUCGUCUGGUAUAGAGGUACACUCCGUCCCAAAAAUUUCGAGUUAAUACCUGACGGCUUCGUUCCUUCUCUAAAACCUUAUCGGAUAGGCCUUCAUUCUGAGAUCCAGUUAUGAUAGCAAAAAAUGAUGCUGUCUAUAGUAAGAUAAAAACAAUUGUGGAUUAAAAUUUGAAUACUGAAUUAGAACUAAUGGACCUUUCUGGGUAAGCGAGCCCGGAGUACUUCCAUUCCCUGGCUGAGAAAAUGGCACUUGUGGUGACCAAGCAGAUGGCGUAAUCCUUCUCAUGUCUUAUUCUUAUUCAUGUUUUUUCGUAAUGCUUUGUCAUUUGCAAAGAUUAAUAACCGUUGUCUCCAAAUUCGUCAUUCUUUACGUUUGUACCGUUUUAUCUAGAAUUCAUUUAAUAUUAUAUGGCUUAUGCAACAAAGUCACGUUCACUAUGCAAAACAGGUUUAGCGCUCUCUCUCUUAUGUUUCUUUCUUGUUUUAGGCGGGUCGUGUGCUGGUGUCUCUGUGUCACUUCAAUCAGUGUCUAAUCCAAGUUUACCAAAACUAGACACCAAGGUAUUGAGCUAAAAUACUAAUUUGUUUUACCAAAAAGAUGAAACAAGAGCCCCACCCCUAACCUGAGGUCAGGCCUAGUUUUAGCGGUUCUCAUACAUUCUCUUUAACGGCUACCGCUAAGGAAUGUUAUUUACAAAGCGAAACGAAAAUUGAGCCUGAUCUCAGGUUACGCACCCCCCCCCCCCCGGCCCCCUCCCUCCAAAAAAAUCCAAGAAUUGCGAUGAUUGAAAGGCGAUGAUUGAACCAGUCGGCUACCUUCCCUUUUAAAUCGUGUUGUUUCAGUUUGGUUCAAAAAAUUAAAUUUCUGAAAUUUUUAGUCAGUUAGACCGAAACAAUCUAUUCAGGUAUGGACUUAAUUUUUGGAUAAUUUGAAAUGGAAAUCGGAAUAGUCAAAAUAAAUGGAGUAUUAAAUUUCCGAGAAGACGGAAAUACUGUUCACUUUCAAAAGUGGACUUUUUGAAUUUCAAUUUUAACUUGUCCAUUUAGAAAGGACCGAAAUCUUAAAGUUUGGUUAAGGGAUCGCACCUUCAAAAGCGUUAAUUUUUCUAAGGCCAUUUUACAUCCUUUUUUAUUGCGAACGUUUGCCUCAUAACUCAUAAUCGUCAUUGCCAUUGCAUGCUUUUUUCGCAAAUUUUUAGGUUUCUGGUGGUUCCUUCGUCUUCAAAGAUGUUUUCCCUGGACGUUAUAAAGGUACGAACUACAGCCACUGUGGGCCUCUAUACCACAAUGUGUUGAUAAGCAACAUUACUGAAAACUAGUGUGUAGUCUUUGUCAUACAUUCAAAAUACAACCACAGAGAUCUGGAUAAACUUAUUUACUUUUAAAGUAAGGUAUUAUUGGGCCACUAUUGCGUUUGACGUAGGAGAACGCAUUCUGAUCUGUUGGUUGUACUGGGUUACUUAGCGGUGACACUGCGGUUUUCGUCGUCCUUGCUGUUCGUGUACCACUUCAGUGGCAUCUUGAAGACCAUAUCCUAGUUUCUUUUCUUAAACGAGGGUAGGUGCGAAAUCUUUGACAUCAAAAUUGAAAGGGUUUCUUUUCCCAUUCAAAUACAAUUCCAUCCUCGGAGACCCAGGGGAAGAUAAAGGGGGCGAGGGAAAGUCUAAACGGGCGGAAAAAUAUAUAUGGAACGAAGAAAAGUAAAGAACGACGAGAAGAGCCCCUGGGUGCCAGAUGGUGCCAGAUAAACACAAGUUUUCUGGCACCAAUCAGAAGCCAGAACGGCGGCGACCGUUUGGAACUGGUCUGGUAAGACAUUGUCCCGAGGGGCUCUUCUCGCCGUUCUUUACUUUUCUUCGCCUUUUCUUCGCGCCACAUUUUUCCGCCCAUUUAGACUUUCCCUCGUCCCCACUAUCUGCCCCUGGGUCUCCGAGGAUGAUACAAUUCGUGUGCAUAUGAAAAAGUUUGCGCGCGGCCUCAUGUUGAAAGUGAGGGUUUCUGGAAAUUGGAAAUGGCCUGUAAUUACGUCGAUCACAACCCAACACCUCGCGUAAAAUGAAUAUUUGUCCUACAGGUCACUCUGUCUCCAACUCUGAAUGUCCCGAUCCCACGCUAAAUGCUGAGCUUAGUCAGCCAGUUGCCUUUAAUUAAACUCAAGGAUCAACUCUGCUACGUACAGACCAAAGCAUUUCAUAAUCAUUGACUUCUAGUUCUUGAUAAGAACGUUCCAACUCCGAUAUAUAAACGAAUCGAUACGGCACUGAAAAAGUCAUUAGUUAUACGGGUCGACGCUAUAUGGGGGUGUUCGUUAUUUUGGGGUUUGUUGUAGCGGGUUUAUUUGCUGUAAAGGGGUUUGCCGUACCGAGGUGUUCGAAAUUGCGGGAUCUUGUUAUUUAGAGGUUCGUUAUAUCGGUGCUCCCACUGUAAUAUACAAAUGUUUGCAGUAAAAAAGAAUUGUUUGAAGAAUUUCCCCUCUACAUUUUUAUGUGAUAAGAGGCAUUCUAACAACGGCACUUUUCUUAUCGCAGCAACGGUCCUGGAAGAGUCCUGGUGCUGGCAAAACGAAACUCUAGAGCUCCAAGUCUCAGAAACAGAUACCAGUGAUCUACAGUUCGUCCAGUCAGGAUAUAUACUGAAAUGUAUCUUGUCACACAACAUCACAUUGGUAUGUUACGCUGUAUAGUUUAAAAUGGCUACAAAGAUUAGCUUAAUGUGAUGCUUGAAGCAUCGCGAGACAGGAAUGAUAUACAGUACUUUUGAAAAUCCCAUAAAGUCAUUGUAAGAAAUGAACCCGGACACAAAAAUGCCGCUACUGACGUUCCCUCAAUUAGUUGCGGCAGCAUAACAAACAUAAAUUUGCUAAAUUAUUUAACAUUCCACACCAACCCUCAACAGAUCGGAGAUGUGCAAUGGAAGAUGUGCAAAGAUAACUUUUCUUUGUUUCGGUCUUAGUUCUUCUCGCAGGGAUCUGGUAAGGACAACAAGGACUUCUUCGACCUUCAAAAAGGCACCAAUACAUUUUGUUUGAAAGAACCAGGUAAACUCGAUCAUAAUCAUUAUGAAGCUAUUUUGGUUUGAUAUCAAAGUUCAGCCAACGUGAGAUGGUCACAUCUAGUAACACAUCCCUGAACGACUUACCUCUUCUAGUCUCCGGCAAAAGAGGACUUCCUUUAUGUCAAUGUUGAUUUUAGCUCGCAAGGGCGUGCGAGGGACAGGCAGUACCUUCAAUUCUCAGUUAAUUUAAGAACCUGAUGAUUGGUCCGGUCGCGAGAAUCGAAGCCGGGACCUCCCGCUCUGCAGGCCGAACUAAUCCUGCCAGGGUCAAAAGGGGAAGGAGGCGCCCGUCUUUAUUUUGCCUAUGUAUUUUGUCCAUUGCCCUAUUCAGGCUUGAAAAACAGGGGGUUGGCCUCGUCCAUGGGCCAAUUCGUGGGUGAAUGAAAGAGGCUUGGAGCCGAGCGCACUGUAGCGCAAGUUCCAGGCGAAUUCUUCCGACAAGCUUGACAGGUGACCUCACAUAAGUCACACACCUUGUUGCCCCCCUCCCCCCCCCUCCCUUCCCCCUCCACCCUACCUCCGUCCCGGGUACCACACUGUCAUUUUUUCAGUGCUCUGAUGAUAAAUGCAAAAAAAAAAUAGUUUGAUUUGUUUUCUGACCGUGAUUGGUAGGUGUAUACAAUCUCAUGCCUCGUUCAUGUCACCAGUUUGAUCAAGAAGUAUUUAUCUACAACACGUAAGUCUUGCUUUCUGGGUUGGGGCGCGUCCAUGGGCGAAGUGGGGGGUGAAUAAAAGAGUGUUGCAGCAGAGCGCACUGUAGCGAAAGUGCCAGGCGAAUUCUCCCGACACGCUUGGCAUGUCACCUCACAUAAGUCACAGACCUUGUUGCCCCCAUCCCCCCCCCUCCCUUCCCCCUCCACCCUACCUCCGUCCCGGGUACCACACUGUCAUUUUUUCAGUGCUCUGAUGAUAAAUGCAAAAAAAAAUAGUUUGAUUUGUUUUCUGACCGUGAUUGGUAGGUGUAUACAAUCUCAUGCCUCGUUCAUGUCACCAGUUUGAUCAAGAAGUAUUUAUCUACAACACGUAAGUCUUGCUUUCUCGUUCAUAUCACCAGUUUGAUCAAGAAGUAUUUAUCUACAACUCGUAGAUCUUGCUUUUUUUGCACGGCCAUUUAGACAACUCAUCUUUGUGGAUAGGUGUGAUAGUUUCUCUAUUCACCUUGAAAGAGGGUUUAUUAAGUUAAAGUUAAGUAUAAUUUUCGUGUGAUUCAUUACCCUUUUGGGACAGAAGUGGAUACGUAGCAGUUAUUGGGCGAGGCUACGUAACAAAAGUCAAAUCCGAUAAUUAUUAUUCAUUCAAAAUAUUUCCUAGGUCAAGACAUGCUAACCUCUAAGUGCCCGUCUUCAAAAUAUUGCCUUUUUCACGGAAGUUGGCUGUUUCAGGAUGCGAUAAACGAAAAAAGGGAAAAAAAGAAAAAUUGUGAUCUCCACUGUUACUUUCCUUUUUCCCGUAUCAAUUAUCGGUACCACUACCUGUAAACGAUUUUGGUUAACCAAUUUUCUCUUUUUUAGCUCGGCCCCAUCAGUUCUUACACUGACUGCUGUAAAACAUUUGCUGUCUGGAGUUAUCAAGACCCUGACUGAAACAAACGACAUCACAGUUAACAUCAGGUCAGAUUUAAAUUUACAUAUAUUCAGUCAACUCUCACCUAGCAAUUUUCGCUGGAUGUUCCGCACACCCCAAUAAUACGGACACCAGCUAUAUCAACCUCGCUCCCAUGGUCCUCACCUACUCUUCCCCCGUCCCCUCUCUCGCUCCGGAGGACGAGUAGAAGAUGACCCUGGGAACGAAGUUGCAGCUAAAUCCUUAGCAAAAGUAAUUUUCAGAGGUUUGAAUAACGUGAGAUUGAGUGACCCGCAGCUGUACAAAUUUAUUGGAACCAAAGAAAGUUUUUACAUAUGAAGGAGGUUCAGCUCGCACAGAACUGGUUUAGAACACCAACAUGGCCGCCUUUUCAUUGUUUUGGAACACCAAUAUGGCUGCCAUAUCAUCAUAAUCAUAAUCAUAAUAACGGGGGUGACAACUUUCCUCACUUGCCGCCAAUGGCUGAAUUGCAGAGGAACCAGAGAGGUGACAUCGGACGUCAGCAUGUAAAGGCGCACUAUGCUGCUGCUUUAGUCCAUGUUUGAUAUCAGCUCACCCACCCAGACCAGUAACGGCAGAUACUCCCCUACUCUUUUUGAACAAUAUCACACGUUUCUAUAACGUCUCCUUCCAACUGAUAUGUAUGGAUGAAGGAGACAAGACCAACGUCUUAACGUCACCGCCCAAUGACGCGAUCAUCUGAACUGAGUUGAUGGUCCAGGCGGGGUUUGAGCCCACGGCUUCCCGAUCAGCAGACCAGCACUCUUCCAACUAAGCUAAGGGACAUACAGUCCCAACACCGACGCAAUCUCACGUGCUACACCAAUAAGACCCUGUCGAACUGACAACGAAGAUGCUAGUCAAAACCUCACCAAACUACUGACUCGUGUCCUUAUUCGUUUCGCUUAUUCCAACUCGUUCAGUCCUUUUUUAAAAAGUUAGGAAAUUAGGUUUGAGCUGAAGGGAGAAGACUGCGCCCGAACUCAGAAAGAUACAGUAGAAUUGUUCGCCUUGCUGGUCACGUUCUAAAGAGAACUUAAAAUUUGGUCGUUUUACGCCAUACUGGUGCAGAAACGGCAAAGAAAUUGGUAGAAAAGCGUGAUGCUCGUGCAGAUUUUUUGACCUGAUAUCAAACCUAGAGCUUUUUUGGCGUCUUCGUUUUCGUUGCACUUGUAGCUCCGCAAGGUCCCUAAUAUUGCAAGUGACGUCACGUAAAAUUUUCUAUUCAGUGAUUGAAAAUGAUUAAUGUGCCUUAUGACGUGAAUGCUUUGUUAUCAACAGGUCCCUAAAGUCUAAGGAAGUGACAACUAUUGGACCAUUAAAAUUGGAAACACAGAAACAGGAACAAGGAGGAGAUCCAAGCAAAAGGAAACAGAAAGAUGUGAAACAGGAGCUGCUCUACAACUUUUCACACUGGGGAAGGUAGUUAUUCCAUUUCAUUAUUAAAAUUUUAUUGAUCUCUUUCAUUGUUUAUGGUUUAUGAUGUGUUCUUUGAUUGACCACAACGCUUCAUUAGUUAUGGGUACAAGUGUGAUGUAAAAACGUUGUAUUUAAAAAAAGGAGAAUGGGGAAAGAGGACACAACUCAUAAUUAAAUAGUUAGGGCGACGUAUGUCUUCGUCCUUACCAAGGGACUCCUCGGAGGCCUUUUAAACGGCUUAGUUCGUUAAACAUCAAGCUAAGAGGUUCGUUUACGUGCUUAGUGGUCUAAAAAGACCCUGAUGAGUGCUCUAACAGGGACGACGUGCAUGUAUAUAUUACGCUAGCCAUGUUAAAAAAAACUAAGUGAUUCGUAUUUUUAUUUUAGGCGUGGUGAGGAAUUUGAAGUCACUCCUACCUCGUCUGAGCUUUUGUUUUAUCCUCCAAGUAGAGUUGUAACCGUUUCCGGUAAGUGUUGAACUCUUGUGUUCAUGGGCAGAUACCGCUUAGUAAGGGUGGGAUUGGCGCAGUAAGGAGAGCAGAUUAACAAAACAAGAUGCUGCCAUAGCGUAUACAUGGGCUUCUCUUUGUGAUUAGAGCCUUCGUUCAGUUUAGAGAAAAUGUUUGAAGAUAUACGCUUAGGUGCACAGCGCUCCCCGUUCAGUACUCGACAAUAAGAUAUAAAAAGUAUUUGCACAGGAAGCCAAAGUUAUAAGAUGAUGUUUUCUUAUGUCUGUUUUUGUUGUCCUUAGAUGAUUGUCCAGCGGCAUGGGCCGAGUUUGAAGGACGUCAGGGAGUGUUUAUUGAAGGACAAGUCACCCCACCCCUGAGCGGUGUUGAAAUUGUUAUUUCAUCAGCAGGCGAUAGAGCUAUGCCGAACAUAAAAGUUCAAACGGAUAAUAAAGGAAAAUAUAGGUUAGUGCUUCAUUUUAUGUGUUUAGUAAACAAAAAAUCGAUAUAAUUUUCACACGGAAAUCACCAAUAAUUGAGUGAUAAGCUGAAAAACCUCGAAAGUUUUUCUUUCAAUUCAAUGCUCAAAGUUUUUAUCCGUAAAUUCAAGAACAAACUGCGUAUUUUAGCGUCAUAUACAGUACCACCGGAAAGUACUGCUCAGUAGCUUUCAUCUGAUUGGUCACACUUAAGUAUUUCACCCACAGACUCAAAAGUUAGUGCUAUCUUGCACAGCAUAAUAAACAGAACCACAAUAAAGUAGUUUUAAGUCGCUUUCAUUUGAACAGUCACGCUAAAGGAUUUUAGGAUAAAGCACCAUCAGUUGUAUGAUCACACUUAAUAAGGGUUUGAUCUGUGUAGUCAAAAAUUAGAGCCAAAUGUUUCAUACUAUGUCUCCGUAGUGUUUUCCUUACAUUAUUAUUUAUUUUAUUUUAUUUUAUUUUUUCGCAGAGUGGGUCCCCUUCAUGGUGGCAUUGAAUAUUCUUUGGUAAGGGAAUAGUUAUCACUUUAAUGUAAAAGUACAGUCAAUUGUCGCCUUGUGAACACCUUGCUUUUAUUGACCACCCCAGUAGGAUGGACAUGAACUAAGUAGAAGCGUUUGGCUGAAGUAAACUACUUUUAUUGCCGUUUCAACGAUUGGACCUUACAAAGUAGUCGCGCUCAAAAUGCUAGCUGUCUUAUAUUUUUGUGUUGUUGUCGUUGUUAAUAAAUUGACGUGGUAAAUUCGAAUUUUUACAAUACCUGAGUUAUUUCUCGCGUGCUUUUUGGCGAACUUUUUUUUUUUUAUCAUCAAUAAGAGUACUGACACGUAAAAUUUGAAUUUGUGCAACAAGAUCAUUUGUAGAAUGUGAGUGCUUUUGGCUUAGUUUCGUAGAUGAUUCAUUUUCUGACUAUCGUGGGAAAUAGCUAGAUAGCUCUGAUGCAAGACUUGCAUCCUGUUUGGAAUCUUUAUAAAAAGCUCAAGUAGAAGAAAAAAGAGGCUUCCACGUAUCUCCCGUAGCUCAAUGGUAUGAUAUCUGGUCCAGUAACCAGAAGACGACAGGUUCGACUGUUGGGAGAACUCUCAUUUUUCUUUAUUUAUUUACUUGUUUAUAAUCGAGUUACUUAUAUCUGUGACAAAGAAGACACAAUGUUUCGAUUUUUUAGACCGCAAGUAAAGCAGGCUAUGCUCUCAGUCCUCUGACCGAGAAAAAGGGAGAUUUUCAAGCUUUAAAACUGGGAAGAAUUGACAUACAGGUAAGAAGAGGACCAAAUGCUAGAGCACGCGACGCUAAAGAAGCUACAAUCGGCGACAUGAUUAGUUGAGAAUUUGUCGACAACGACAUUUCUUACGCUUUAUGAACAACACCAUCUACUUCAAGGGAAAAAAUAGCACUGAAGCGUUCCUUUUUCCCACUCCUCAUGUACAAUAUUGUGCCACAGUUCAAACAAGCUUGCUUUGUUUGGGGUAAAAACAUUGCUUUUUUUUCGAAAUAAAUCCUAUUUGACCGCGACACAGUUAUGUCGACGAUUGUUUGUUUGUUUGUUUUGUUUUUUUGUUUUUUAUCUUUAUUUUUUAUUUUUAUUUUUGGUUUGACAAGGCAAAGUGUUUCCUGAACAAAAAUUAAGCUCGCAAAGCAGACAAAGAUGACAACUCAGAAAUGCAAAUCACGGUUCUAUUUAAGAUCAAGACCAUUUUUUAGUUGUUGAAUAAUUCCUUUAUUCUUAUGACCUUAACAUGUGAUUAAGUAACAUUUAAUUGGAUACUGGUUGCUCUCAGAGAAAGACCGCUUAAUAGAGUUCAUAUUUACGGUUUUUAGUUAAUCGGACAACGUUCGGGUACUUUUUCAAUUGUACUCUUUCUUCACUUUAUCCACCACAGGUUACAGAUGAGAAUGAUCAGCCCUUACCAGCAGUCCUAUUGUCUCUAAGUGCCAGUCAGUUCCGAAGUAACAAUUUUUCAUUGGAAAAUGGCACCAUGGUUUUUGCUAACUUGGUGGGUUUGUCACGCUGUAUCUUGCUCAAACUGCUGCGCUUGAAUGGUUCUUUCAGUUUCCGAAACGUUCUUAAAUUUUGUGCAUCAUGUGUUGUAUUUCUAGGGUCCUGGCCAGUAUUUUUUCCGACCGAUGCUGAAAGAGUAUGUCUUCUCGCCUGCUUCACAGGUUUGUUUACUCUUUUGCCGGUGUACAAUAUUCAUAAAAAUAACAUUUUUUGCAAAAGGUCUGCCAAGGAGUUUUUGUUUGAAUGGUAACGAAACGGAUUUAAAAGUUGGGGCUAUAACUUGAACUGGGAAUGAAACUGUAGAAAAGAAUAGAGAGAUCAAGAGUCGCGUUUACGGUAAACGGCAAACGUCAGUUUCAAGUUGAGAAUUUCUCAAAAUAGAAAAUAAGCAGAUUAAAACUGUCCAGAACAAUUCUUAUGCAUGAAACUGACGUGA